AAAUGUCACGUGAAAUAAAAGCUUUUCCCACAAAUCUUGCAGUCAUGUACGUAGUAAUGUCAUUAUUUCGUUGAUCGUCGUAGUUCGGUGUGGCAGAAACCUGUUGAUUAAUCAUUCCAUAUAUUAAGUAAGAGCUAGCAAGUAACUCCACACAUACGCACAUACCAAAAUGUCCAACUUGAAAAAAUUCGCUGACGAGGAACGCGAGUCCAGAUAUGGCCGCGUUUAUGCUGUCUCGGGUCCUGUCGUCACCGCCGAGUGCAUGUCUGGCUCUGCUAUGUACGAAUUGGUGCGUGUGGGCUACUAUGAAUUGGUGGGAGAAAUUAUCCGUCUGGAAGGUGACAUGGCCACAAUUCAGGUUUACGAAGAAACCUCUGGUGUCACUGUCGGAGAUCCUGUGUUGCGUACCGGCAAGCCCUUGUCCGUUGAAUUGGGCCCCGGUAUUAUGGGCAGCAUUUUUGACGGUAUCCAGCGUCCACUGAAAGACAUCAACGAAUUAACCAGUUCCAUUUACAUUCCUAAGGGUGUCAAUGUACCCUGCUUGUCCCGCACUAUUGGCUGGGAAUUCAAUCCCCUUAAUAAUAUAAAGGUUGGCUCACACAUCACUGGAGGUGAUCUUUAUGGCCUGGUUCAUGAAAACACUUUGGUUAAGCACAAAAUGAUUGUGGCACCCCGUGCCAAGGGUACUGUGCGCUACAUUGCUCCCGCUGGCAAUUAUCAUUGUGAUGAUGUUGUCUUGGAGACCGAGUUCGAUGGUGAGGUCACCAAACACACUAUGUUGCAGGUGUGGCCUGUGCGUCAACCACGUCCAGUAGCUGAGAAAUUGCCCGCCAACCAUCCCUUGUUGACUGGUCAGCGUGUCUUGGAUUCUCUGUUCCCCUGUGUACAAGGUGGUACCACUGCUAUUCCCGGUGCCUUCGGUUGUGGCAAAACUGUAAUUUCUCAAGCCUUGUCCAAAUACUCCAACUCUGAUGUUAUCAUCUACGUCGGUUGUGGUGAACGUGGUAAUGAGAUGGCUGAAGUAUUGGGUGAUUUCCCCGAAUUGUCCGUCGAAAUUGAUGGCGUUACCGAGUCUAUCAUGAAACGUACCGCUUUGGUUGCAAAUACCUCAAACAUGCCUGUGGCUGCUCGUGAAGCUUCCAUUUACACUGGUAUCACUUUGUCCGAAUACUUCCGUGAUAUGGGUUACAAUGUCUCUAUGAUGGCUGAUUCCACCUCCCGUUGGGCCGAAGCUCUUCGUGAAAUUUCUGGUCGUUUGGCUGAGAUGCCUGCCGAUUCUGGCUACCCUGCCUACUUGGGUGCUCGUUUGGCUUCCUUCUACGAACGUGCUGGCCGUGUCAAGUGUUUGGGUAACCCCGAACGCGAAGGUUCUGUGUCCAUUGUCGGCGCUGUCUCUCCUCCUGGUGGUGAUUUCUCUGAUCCCGUCACCUCUGCCACCCUGGGUAUUGUCCAAGUGUUCUGGGGUUUGGAUAAAAAAUUGGCUCAGCGCAAACAUUUCCCCUCCAUUAAUUGGUUGAUUUCCUAUUCGAAAUACAUGCGUGCUUUGGAUGAUUUCUAUGACAAGAACUUCCAGGAAUUCGUGCCAUUGCGUACUAAGGUAAAGGAAAUCUUGCAAGAAGAAGAGGAUUUGUCCGAAAUUGUGCAAUUGGUCGGUAAAGCAUCGUUGGCCGAAACCGAUAAGAUCACCUUGGAAGUUGCCAAAUUAUUGAAGGAUGAUUUCUUGCAACAGAACUCCUACUCUUCAUAUGACAGAUUCUGCCCCUUCUACAAGACUGUGGGCAUGUUAAGAAACAUUAUUGCCUUCUAUGACAUGGCUCGUCACUCAGUGGAAUCCACUGCUCAGUCCGAAAACAAAAUCACCUGGAAUGUUAUACGCGAGGCUAUGGGUAACAUCAUGUACCAAUUGUCAUCUAUGAAAUUCAAGGAUCCCGUUAAGGAUGGCGAGGCUAAAAUCAAGGCCGAUUUCGAUCAACUACACGAAGAUUUGCAACAAGCCUUCAGAAAUUUGGAAGACUAGAUGCCCAUCACCAUGGUCACCAACUUGUGUGUAGUGUAGCAAGAUUCCCUGUCUUUUUGUGGUUGGAAAUUCACAUUCAUCCUCAGUAUUCCCAAAACUAUUGUCAACCCCCACUUAACAUUUCAGUACUUGUUGUUAACUUUGUUACAAAAGUCCUCCUUUAUAUAAUCUUAUGAAUUACGUUUAUAUUUACACAAAAAAAAAAGAAACACAGAAGCUUGGCAAGUUAACAGCUGCUGCUGGCAACCUACUUUUUCCCCGUAGAACUAUGGCUUUUGUAGGUGGAGAAGAUGUUUUCCCGGAAAACGUUUUUUUUUUCUUAGUUGUUUGUAAAAGCUUUAGGUUGCCCCGCCACAAUUCCACUUAAAAUGUUUAUAAUAUUUUUAUUGUUGUUUAUCUCUUUAAUUCCUAUUUAAUUUCUGUUUUUGUCAAAUUUUUUGUUAUUCAAUGUUGUACAAAAACAACAAAAACAGUGUUUUUUCUCUUCAUGCAUGUACUAUAUAUUAUUUAGAAUCAAUCACCAUUAUACUUAAUAAUUAUUGUAAAGAGAAAAGAAUGGAAAUGAAAAUGAAAAUGAAAAUAUACAAACUUAGGUAAUGUAAGGAAAUUGAUCUUAUCUCUACUCCUACGUGUUGUGGAUGACAGAAAGAGUAGUACAAUCAAACAUGAAAUUAUCCACGUGAGUUGGAAUUAAUCGAAUUGUGAUGAAUUGUUGUUGUUGGAGGCCUUCAGACAGCAGGCUUGCCAUAUACAUGGACAGGUGUUAAUUAUUGUUGAGCAGAAAACGUUAAGUAAUCUAAGAUGGAGGCGGGUAUUGGGCUACGUUUAUCACUUGGUAACACAGUGGUGCAUAAAGAUAAGAAAUGGAUGUGUGAAAAGGGGGUGUUAAUAUAAAGGCCUGUAUCACAUUA